AUGGCACUACAUUAUACUAGCUACACUACUGUUCAAAAGUUUGGGGUUGUGAGAGCGGAUGAAAGCCCCAAAGUGUUUGAAGACACCAUGCGGGUUCCAGUGAAGAUGGAGUACGAGCUGGGAGAGCAGACAGAGCAUCGCCUCAAGGAAAUGGGCGCCCGCUGUGUGGGGGAAACCUUAGACGUAGAGUACUACUACGAUACUGACAGCUUCCAACUGGCUUCUACACAGACCUGGUUGAAUCAGCAUAACGGCCAAUGGGGACUGAUCCUGGCAGAAGAACAAGAGCUUAAUCACACUCUAUCAUACGACACCAAAAAGUUGGAAGUUGGACAUUCUGAAGAAAAGAAACGCAAAACACUCAACUCAUCACUUGAAGAACAAUCAGAAACAGGUGCUGCCUUUAGAGAAACAUCAAGCAAUGAGUGUCCUGAGAAGGUCAUGUCCAAAAGCCAAGUUCAGAGCGCAUCCUCAGAUACGUCUCUGAUAUACACAGAACUAAGUGACCCGUGCUCCAUCAUGCUGCAUCUCUCAAAGUGUCUCCAACUCCCUCUGACCCACAAUGAAAUGCAAAGUAUGACCAUGAAGAACUUCUUGAACAUGGCCCGGAUCCAGAUGUAUGACAGCUGGACCAGGACGAGCACAAUAAAGUACUCUCUUCCUGGUGGCUUCUCACUGGUGGUGGAGAGAAACUACACAGUUCUCACUGAAACUCCUUCUGUAUUUUUGAUGAUGAAUGCUGAUGUGCUGAGCAUAAGCAGUGAGCUGGAAAAGAUGGAUCGACUGUGUAAAGAACUAGGCCUAAAACCAAAGGCAAGCUCAGAUGAAUGA